AGCAGCGCUGAGAGGGAGGCCAUAGAGCCACUCAGCCACAACAUCCUCCAGACACCCUUGUAGGAGCUAGCAGCCUCCUUGGAGACGCAGGAAGAUGAUUCAUGUUAACUCAGACGUGUUGACAGGAGAAAAAACUCGAACAGUGGUUUCUCUGGAAAUGCAUCCAUGGUUUUCUGAUGCCGACGUCUUUCCACCAACCAACACUGACAUGCAGCGCUAAAAGGAAUCCUCCAUUUUAAAAGGACAGAAACAGCAGCAACACAUUUAGUGGGAAAAUAUGUUUUUAUUCUUCCUGAUGAAUAAUUGUUGUCACAAACAAAGUCUAAAGCAGGUCAGAGACUGAAAGAGCCUGCAGUGUUUUCUUCUAUUUCAAAUAUGUUCAUUCUUGGUUCACUUUAAACUUUAAAGCAGUAGAAAGUACAGAAAGCUGCGUCAAAGUGUAGCCAUGUAGUAUCAUCACUUUCUACUUCCACUUUCUACUUUGCUACUUUUCACCACUAUGGAGUGCAUGUCUGAAUCCUUCCUUAGUUCACAGUCUUGACUAAUAAUGUGGAUUGUGCUUUGGAUCUGCAUUCUUUUCCAGGGGAUCUUCUUGGGAUGGAGGACCUUUACAGUCAGUCUGCUCGCUCACUGACCCUCAUGGAGAAGCCAGAGGAAGAGGAUGGGCUGGUGGAGCUGAUGGAUGAUGAAGGCUUUGUGGAGGAGGACGCCGAGGACCUGAGCGUGGCCGUCCUCUAUGAUCCAGAACACAGCAGCGUCCAGCAGGCCUUCAGCCCCUCUUCCUCUGCACCAUCCACAUCCAGCCAAGGAUCUCUACAUCAGCACCUCAGCCAGAGUCCUCUGCCCCCUCCUGUGCCGUCUCCCCUGCAGCGCUCUGUCCAGCCUCCUCUGCCUCCUCUACAGCCUCCUACUGUGCAGCGCCCUGCUGAUCCUCCUCUGCCUCCUCCUCUGCAGCCACCCCUGCAGCGCCCUGUCCAGCCAAGUGGAGCCUCUGGUCCUGCAACAUCAGCUAGGUCCAGCGUUGCAGACCAGGCCCCUGCUGCAGUCCUCGGACCUGAUGGCAUCCCAGGCUGGGAUAAGGUACAGGAUUUGGCCGAGUACCUGGUGUCCCUGCGUCAGGAGCUCUACCUGGACAAGCAGCAGGUCAGAGGUCAUCCGUCUGUGGACCGCUCUUCCUGA